AUGAAGUUGGAAAAGAUUCUCAUUGCAUUCACUUCAUUGGAUUUCUCAUCCAACCAAUUUGAAGGGCCAAUACCAGAAGAGAUCAUGAGUUUCAAAGCACUGCAUGCUCUUAACUUGUCUCACAAUGCAUUCUCAGGCCAUAUUCCUUCAACUUUGGGAAACUUGAGAAAUCUUGAAUCCUUAGACUUGUCAAUGAAUUCUCUGAUGGGAGAGAUUCCAACUGAGCUUGCAAGUUUAUCUUUUCUUGCCAUCAUGAAUCUCUCCUAUAAUCAUCUUGUGGGGAGAAUUCCAACAGGCACUCAAAUUCAAUCGUUUGGAGCAAAUUCAUUUGUGGGAAAUGAAGCGUUAUGUGGACCUCCAUUGACACAAGGUUGUGGUGGAGAAGAGAAAGGGUUGUUACCAACAUCAUCUAAAACUACUAACUCUCAUAGUAGUAGUUCAAUUGAUUGGAAUUUGUUAAGUGUAGAGUUGGGAUUCACUUUUGGGUUUGGAAUAUUCAUGAUGCCACUCAUUUUGUGGAAGAAAUGGAGGUUGUGGUACUCCAAGAAAGUAGACGAUGCUCUAUACAAGAUUGUCCCUCAACUUGAUUUUGUAUAUGAACGUCGUGGUGGGAAGAGAUAUAGAUCUUUAAGGUGGAAGCCUUAUUGA